AUGGACGAUUUGAAUCAUCCCAGCUCGCGCCCUUUUCCCUCGGGGUCAGCGCAGAAUGGGGCGAGGAGCAUUUGGUCUGGUCCUUGCGAGACUCUCGACGCCGCUGGCUGGAACAACCAUUCUCUCGCGAAUAAUGAGGAUUCGACAUUUGGUGCAAAUCCUCUGGAUGAUGUCAAUUUUCUAGCAUCGGGAUCGGCGAGUGAAGGUUGGCUGGAUGGGGCCAGUGCGAAUGUCCCAGGAACACCCGGGCUGUGGUCCCUUGAACUUGGGCAUUUAGACGACCCGUCGCCAGCACUAGUGUCAUCGAACGAUCUGGAUCUACGGCCGGACUUGCAAGCAACUGGCGCGGCUUCGAAUCAACCAACAUUUUCCAAUGUCACUCAGUGGUUAGAUGGCUCGUAUCGCCCUGAGCAGCCCUGCAGUCACUGCCGCCGGCACCGCCUUCAGUGCCUCAUCAUCCGGACGGCCCCAGCUAAUCCGAACCCAGAGGCCGCCUGCUCGAGUUGUGUUGCUCUGUUCCGGGUAUGUAGUCUGGCACGGGGAGAGAAGCGCCAACCAUCUAGGUUUGAGACGCUGUCGCCAGUGAUGGGUCACCUGCAUGGUCUGCCAGAGUUCGCGGAAGCAGAGGGGAAUGGACACGAGGCUUUGGAGCCUUUGCCAACGUCUCGGGGGGAAGGCAAGGAAUCGAAACAGUUCGUAAGACGAGGGGUCCGGAUAUUGAAGGAAUGGUUCAGUGACAACCAGGAAUUCCCUUACCCGUCUGAAGACGAGAAAGUCCGUUUGAUUCGCGAAACCGGUUUCUCCAGAAGACGACUGUCGACAUGGUUCGCCAACGCGCGCCGUCGCCAGAAGCAAAGGUCAGAUCCUGCACCCUCGGCUCAGAUCUACCGUUCGGGCUCUCCGAUGCCCACAAGCACACUCGCAUCCUUGACGCCAAUGGAGAGAUGGCAGGCUUCCCCGCCAGAGGAUGAGUCAGUCCCGAGCGCAGCGAUUGAGAAUGCCAUUGCAUCUGCCGGUGAUCCGUUUGCGCCGAACACAGACCAUCUACAAGCAGACGAGGCCAUGUUCGAAACAUUCUUAAAUCUCGAAGAGACAUCAUCGCACCUAAGCUCGUCCUUGUCUAGCUUAGGCAGCAGGCACUCGGAAAGCUCGACCGGAAGCGCAUCAUCUGCAUGGAGUCAUCGCUCUGGGGAGAGCAUGUUGCCCUUCCCGUUUCACCCUCCCAGGCCGCAGGCAAAGCGUAGACGAGCGAGAUCUCGACUACCAUCAGACGAGGGACAGUACCAGUGCACGUUCUGUACGCAGUCCUUCAAGAAAAAACACGACUGGAUUCGGCACGAAAAGAGUGUUCAUCUGCGCCUUGACUCCUGGGUGUGUACCCCGGACGUCAGCCAACUCCGGCCGGAUCCUGCGCGACUCGACUGCCGCUUCUGCGAACAGUCUGCACUCCCCCAAGACCAUUGGGUUGAUCACGAGUUUGAAGUCUGCGCGCAGAAGCCGCUGGCGGAUCGCUCCUUUAGCCGGAAAGACUAUCUGUGGCAGCAUCUGCGUAAAUUCCACGGCUGCACCAAAUUGCCCGUCGACAGCUUGGACCUCUGGCGCGGUGCGGCCAGCGAGGUGCAAAGCCGCUGCGGAUUCUGUAACGCGACGCUGCCGACCUGGACGGUGCGAGGGGAUCAUCUGGCGCAGCAUUUCAAGGACGGCUAUCGCAUGCAUCAAUGGACGGGGGACUGGGGCUUGGACUCGGAUGUGCUUGGGGCUCUGCAAAAUGCUGUCUUACCAAGCAAUCGAUGUAUGGCGAAUUCAGAGCAUCCCGUUUCUACCUAA